CGGACCAAAAGUGAAAUACACGGCUUCGACAAGACCGACAGACACCGGAGUAAUUUAAAUUGGAAGAUAUACUUCUUUUAACAAUGACGUCUUGGAUGGUCAGUGACACUUCGUCACCACCUCUGUCUUAGAGGCAAUCAGUAGCGUGUACGCAUUCAGAUAUCAGAAAGAGAAAUACAUAUUCUCAGCCGGGCUCACCUGUUAGUAGUACCUGACUCCAAACCACACCCCCCUCGGAGGGCAAGCGGACAGCUGCAUCCAUCAUGACCUGCCGUGACCGCACUCUAGAGUUUCAGUCUGCCUGCAAGAGUUUACAGGGAAGACAGAUACAGAAUGGUGGUCAGACCAGUAAACCUGACCUCAGUGCCCUUAAACAGCGCAGUGAUUUCACUGUCAUGGCAAAGAGAAUUGGGAAAGACUUGAGUAACACUUUUGCCAAAUUGGAAAAGCUCACAAUCUUGGCCAAAAGGAAAUCUCUGUUUGAUGACAAAGCUGUGGAGAUUGAGGAGCUUACCUACAUUAUAAAGCAGGAUAUCAACAGUCUGAACAAGCAGAUUGCACAGCUCCAGGAACUGCUCCGCUCCAGGAAAGGACAAAAUGGCCGCCACAUUCAGACACAUUCCAACACCAUUGUUGUCUCUCUUCAGUCAAAACUGGCAUCAAUGUCUAAUGACUUCAAAUCUGUAUUGGAAGUGAGAACAGAGAAUUUGAAGCAGCAGCGUAGCCGCAGGGAACAGUUCUCUCAGGCUCCAGUCUCUGCCUCUUCCCCUCUACUCGCUAAUAACUUCAGUAGUUCUGUGCUGAUGCAGGAUGAAUCAAGAAGUUUGGGGAGUGAUGUUGCCAUCGAUAUGGAAUCAAGAGCCAAUCCUCUUCAGCUCCAGCUCAUUGAUGAGCAGGACUCGUACAUCCAGAGCCGAGCAGACACCAUGCAGAACAUCGAGAGCACUAUAGUGGAGCUGGGCUCCAUCUUUCAGCAGCUUGCCCACAUGGUCAAAGAGCAAGAGGAGACUAUACAGAGGAUUGACGCUAACGUGGAGGACACACAGCUUAACGUGGAAAUGGCUCACACAGAAAUCCUCAAAUACUUCCAGUCGGUCUCCUCCAAUCGCUGGCUCAUGAUGAAAAUAUUCCUCGUCCUCAUCGUUUUCUUCAUUAUAUUUGUGGUCUUCCUCGCUUGAUACUAAGAAGACACACAAGAUUCGAAGAAAGAAGAGGAAUAAGAGAACUGGGGUACAAAAAAAAAG